UUGAUUUAUUCACGGCGCGAUGCCCUUCGUUUGAGUUUUAGAUUAGUACAUGGAGUUGUAUGAUGAUUCUAAGCUUUAUUGCAGAAUUUUAUUUCGAAUGACUGGCUGCCAGAUUAUAACAACUGGACACUUGGAGUAAGACAAUAAAUCCUGCCAUUUUCCGCCGUUUUAUUAUUGUUAAGCCGUUUUUAACUUCGAUAUCUUCGAUAUAGCCACCGGAUAGUCGUUUAGAAUUAUUGGACGAUACUAUUUACGUUUUCUAAAAGGGCUUUAUUCACUUUUGCAACACGAUCCAUUGUUGAAGAAAAGAUGUCAUCGUCUGCAGAACCAUUUUUUUACAUCGAAAUGAGUCGAGUCCGCGCUACUGGCUCUGCUGAAAUCAGUAGUGAUGAUCACAUCCUCAGAAAACUGGAGCCCGCUGAUUCAUUACAGGAGGCCGAGUGGUACUGGGCUGAUAUAUCCAGAGAGGAGGUGAAUGAGCUUCUCCAGGGCAUGCCUGAUGGCGCUUUCCUGGUCCGAGAUGCUUCCUGCAAGCGACCGGGAGAAUAUACAUUAACCGUCAGGAACAAUGGCAGCAACAAACUCAUCAGGAUCCACCAUCAAGAUGAGAAAUUUGGCUUCUCGGAGCCUCUGACGUUCAGCUCUGUGCCGGAUCUGAUCUCUUUCUACAGGCAUCGCAGCUUGGUGCAGUACAACAGCUCCCUGGACGUCACGCUGGCGUACCCUGUGUCCCACUGCAAGCCGCUGCCCACCUUCACUGAUCUGCCUGUGAAGGAAGAGUUUCUGAGUGCGACCAGAGAGAAGCUCCAGGAAUGUUUGAGACUGUUUCAGAAGACGGCAGAGUACGAGCGGCUCUAUGACUCUUGCACCACACUGUUACAGGAAAUCCAGAGGAGAAAAACCCUGGAGGACGUCAGCACAACAGAGACGGCUGAAGAACGGUGUUAUUCUCAAGAGAACUCUUGCAAGGAUUUCCAAGAAACCGUCCACAGUGAGCUGAAAGAGUCUGAAUGUGAGCGAGAGGAGAGCGUGGAGCUGCUGGAGGAGGAGAGCUGGUUUGUGGGAGAUCUUGGUCGACGGCAAGCAGAGGAGCUUCUCCGGGGAAAACCGUCUGGAGCUUUCCUGAUCCGCAACAGCAGCAGCCAGGACUGUUACGCCUGCUCCGUGGUGGUUGGCAGUCAGGUGAGGCACUGUGUGAUUCGUCACACGGAGCGCGGCUACGGCUUCGUCGAGCCCUUCGAUCUCCACAAGUCUCUGAAGGAUCUGGUCCUGCACUAUCAUCACACCUCGCUGGCGCAGCACAACCAGGCUCUGGACGUCCGGCUGGCAUUUCCCGUCCACGCCGCACACUAAGACUGAAGAGAUCCCGCUCGAUGUUACGAGUGGAGGCGACUGUCAAGCCGUUUGUUUGUGUAUUGCACUUUCCAAAGCAUUCCUCGUGGUCAUAAAGAUACUCCAGUACUUGAACAAGUGUUUAAUGAGCCCUUUGUAGACAUGUUUACAGACACUCCCAAAAACGUCAGAAGUUGUUUCUAAGGGUUUCGUGAUGCUCUUUUAGGCAAACCGAUGUAGUAGUAGUUUUUGUGGGGAUGAAUGAUGUUCUUUUAUCGCAAUCAAUGCAUCACCCAAAACGUUUUAAAAAUGUAUUUUGUGAAUGUAACACCGUUAUUGGAAAACACACUUUCAAAUCUUGCGUUGUAACUAAAACCAGAUGCCUGCGGUUCAUGCUCUUCUGCGUGCACGUGAGGAUUUGUUUUUUUUUUUAAGAUGCAUGGUUUAUUUGUUCGAGAAACCUCUUCAAAACUGGUUCUAGUUCAUAAAAUUUGAAUAAACUUUUAAAGGCUUGAAAAUUUUGCACAAUAGGAGUAUCCAUUUUGCAACUGACACGAAAUGUAUUCGUAGAAUUUACAUUUCUAAUGUUUUAGCUUUUUUUUUAUUUUUACAAAUGAUUUUUUAGGAAAGCCAGGACCGUGCAGUUGUCUUCUGGGCUCAACAGCCCAGGCAUAGAGUUUAAUUCACAUGUCUGUGGUGAACCACACAAUGCCAAACUGCUGCUUCUUGAGAUGAGCAACUCUUUAUUUGUCAGCAGCGGACAGUACAGCGGGAACGUUUCCCUUUCUUUUGCAGAGCUUAUUUUGUGCUGCCAUGUUUUCUCUUGCAUGCUUCUUAAAAAAAAAAAUAAAAAAAAAAAUAAUGCAGAGCUCAUGUCUGAUUUAUUAAACCAGUUUCAUUUCA